ACCUUUCAUUCAUCUCAAUAAUUAUCAUUGGCAGGCUCUGUAAGCACUUGUUUUGCUUGGCUCAAAACAAUGUUGACGCUUUGCAGUGCUUGUUUAUCUACCUGAGAAUUUGUCAGAAACCCCAUGAAUGUGUGUAUGCUCUCUCUCUCAUAGUCGUAGCAUGGGUGGGAAGCUUGCUAACUAACCCACCUUUCUCUCUGCACGCACAAUUCGCCGCUGCAGUUUUCAGCUCGAAUCUUGCCCAAUCUACCAAUCCUAUUAUUCCCAUCCAAAUCUAUGUAGAACAUUCUAUCAGGCCUAUAUUCAAGUGUGUUUACUCGUAAAAGCAGCAUGAAAUUAAGAUCUAAGAAAGGGUGGAAGUCCAUAGUGCCACUCCGUUUGACUGAAAAAUCUGCCCGACACUUUUGUUUCUUCUCGAAAGUGAAAUCAGAUAAUGAUGGUUCCAAAAGAACUCCAGUGUAUCUAAAUGUGUAUGACUUGACACCCAUGAAUGGUUAUGUCUAUUGGGCUGGCCUAGGUAUAUUUCACUCCGGGGUCGAAGUUCACGGUAUAGAAUACGCAUUUGGAGCUCACGACUAUUCAUCUAGUGGUGUCUUUGAGGUCGAACCUCGCCAGUGCCCCGGAUUUAAAUUUCGGAAGUCCAUAUCCAUUGGUACGACGUCAUUGGAUGCAACUCAGGUCAGGGAGUUUAUGGAACGCCAAGCUGCAAAUUACAACGGUGACACAUAUCAUUUGAUUGUAAAGAACUGCAACCAUUUCUGCAAGGACAUUUGUUACAAGUUAACAGGAAAAAGAAUCCCACGAUGGGUAAAUCGACUGGCCAAGUUAGGUUCGAUCUUCAACUGCGUCUUACCUGAGGCCCUUAAAAUUACUGCUGUGCAACACGAGCCAAAAUACCAAGCGUACGACAACAGUGAGAAAACGAGGCUUAGAAGUACUUUCAGCUGUCUUUCCUCGAUUUCCUCAAGGCAGAAGCAGCUUUCCACAUCGUCUUUGCUACUACAGUCCCCCUUGAAAGGAUGUCUCAGACCGUGGGAACUAAGAAGGUCUGCUAAUGGUUCGUUCAAGGAAAGGUAAUAGAAAAGAUAUAUUUCAAAAAUGGUCUUUGCCUUGACAUGUCUAGGUGGAAAUAUCAUGUCAGUUUCAAAAUAGCGAUUUCAGAGGCAAAUAUGCACGAAUCUUGAAGGCAGCCAUUUCCCUUUUGGUAAUUCUUUCCGUAAUUAUAGGUGUGUAUUCUAUGUCAAUAUCAAAUAGUGAUUGAUGUAAAUCAACUAACUCCAUGCCAAGUGUGAAGUGUCGUCGUGUGUGCUCAGGCAUACACGAUAUUUGAUUGUGUAGACUCUGCCCGCUAGUCGAGUUCAUAGUAUGAGAGCAAACUUAGUAUGUACUUGAGGUACCAUAUAUUCUAAGCUAAUGCAAAUUGCAUUGAGCAUGUUGUUCAA